AUGCGUAAGUUUAUUUCAGCAUUUGGAUUUAGUAACACAAUUGGAUUCAUUGGUUUGGGCAAUAUGGGAGUAUCAUUAUUAUAUAUGAUCAAAAUAGAUUGGUAUGGCUCAUAAUCUAGCCAAGACUCGAGUCGUAUAUGCAUAUGAUGCCAGUCCUGCAUGGCAAUCCAAAAUUGAAUCAUCCAAUAUUAAGCCUGUGUCUCAGAUAGCAGAUGUCGCUGCAAAUGCAGACACAAUCGUUACUAUGUUGCCAAAUGACAAGAUUGUCAAAAGUGUAGCCUAGGAGAUCUUCAAGAAGUAAAAGAAGACAUUGAUUGAUUCAUCCACAAUCUCACCCUAUGCUUCCUAUGAAUUGGCUAAAAUGGCUUAAGAUACUAAAAACAUUUAUGCAGAUGCUCCAGUCUCUGGCGGUGUUGGUGGUGCUAAAUUGGGUACACUGACAUUCAUGGUUGGAGCGGAGAAGGAAUUAUAUGAAAAAAUAUCUCCGAUUCUCAAAGAAAUGGGAAAAAAUAUCUUCCAUUGCGGAAAGAUUGGAGGAGGACAAAUUGCUAAGAUGUGCAACAACAUGGCUUUGGCAAUCCAAAUGAUAAGUGUUGCCGAAGCAUUGGCCUUGGGGAAGAACAUGGGAAUGGAUCCAGCCAUGUUGAGUUCCAUAAUGUCAGUCAGUUCUUCAAGAUGUUGGUCUGUAGAUACAUAUAAUCCAGCACCAGGAGUUAUGCCUAAUGUUCCUAGUUCCAAGGAUUACGAUGGAGGUUUCAUGGUUGAAUUGAUGCUCAAGGAUCUUGGAAUUGCUAUUGAUGCAUCCAAGAAAAGUGGAACCGAUACAUAAUUAGGAUAGCAUGCUUAAUAAAUCUAUAAUAAAUUGAAUGAGCAUUUUGGAAAGAAAGAUUUUGCAAUUGUCUACAAAGAAUUAACCAAAAGUAAAUGAUAU